AUGGCUUCAGCACACGAUCUCAGUGCAUGGGACAAGGAUGGCAGAGUCUUUCUCUUUACAUCCUUGACCUCGGGCUCCUCACACAUCAUUACGGCAACAUCGCGUGUCGAGACAAUCCUCAAUGCCAACAGGAUCCCCUUUAUGGCCAUUGACACGGCGACAAAUGAAUCGGCCAAGCGUCUCUGGGGCCGUCGGUCUCGUGGCAAAAAGUUCCCUGCCCUGGUCAAGGAGGGCUUUGUUCUAGCUGACCUCGAAGAAGUCGAAGAAUGGAACGAGUUUGGCGAGAUCAAAGAGAACAUCGGCGACAUCACCCCUAUCGGUUCUGCCCCUGCACCAGGCGGUGAGGCAGUCACCACCCGAGCCACCAUGCAUCCUACCACUCAACCUCCUGCCCAGCUCCCCAUCAAGCCCACCGCUACCGCCGCUACCAAGUCAGCCGAAGACAAAACCGAACCUCUUCAGUCGCCCAUGGCAGAUCCGUCGAUGAAAGAGGCCGCUGCUCAAGCCGCCAGUAUAGGCGCCGCACGCAAAGGUCCUACACCCGGCAUCAACGACACCAAGGUUGCCCCUCUGAAAUCGAACACCGCCGCCCAGGCUUCCGACGCGCCAGCACCCGAAAAGACAGAAGAACCCUCGACGACACCGUCCUCUGCACCUUCAGCGCUCGUCGAGUCAGACGAUGUUUCAGCUACAGCCACUCCUGCAGGAUCUAUGGUACGAAAGCACAGGGGAAGCAGUGUCAGCAUCGCAGACCCGGAGACGAUCAAAGAGCUUGAGAAAUCUGUCGCUAUUCCUGAAGACGAAGACGAAGACGAAGAGCAACCAGAGACACAAGAUCAAGAGGCUGCUGUCGCUGAAAAGGCAUCGGUCAGUGUUCAAGAUUGA